UUAUUUCCGGAGCCUUAAUUUGUUGAGAAGUAAUAAAAUGGGUGGGAAAAAAGACGAGGAGGAAGAGGAAGAACAAUUGGAACUAUGGAGUGCAGAGGCGAAUGACCAGUUGGUCAGAGAACGUGGAAAAUGCCUGACACAGAACCAUCACGUGCAAGUGAUCUUUAAAGAGCUGGAAGAAUGUCAGAAACGAGUGAAGGGUAAGGACUACACAGCGGAGACCUGCCACCAGGAGAUGAAGGACCUGAUGGAGGCCGUGGACCACUGCGUUGGCGACAAGGCGUUCCUUUUGUUGAAAUAAAUCUUUUACGGU